UUUUUUUUUUGACCUCUUCUUUUUUUUUUUGUUUUUUUUUUGACCGAUAUAUUUCUGAUGACCAAGCGAAAGAGCUAUUUUCAUGCUCUUUUCAAAUCUCGGAAAAAUAGCUUGCAUUUUAAGCCCAAAUCUUACAGCAUUUAUUUGACAUCGGUGAUAUUCAAUGAUCGUGGCGAACUGUUGACGACGUCCGCUGGGCAAUUGCCGACAUGGCCCAUCCUCUUGAACAACAAGUCGGCUUAUCACGAUUUCACCACCAGCAGCGACCGAUUCGCAAAAGUGAUGGAAGAAUCGUUAUCAUGGUAUGCCUUGGGGUGCACGGAUGCAUCCGAAGCCUUUGGCACACUCGCCUAUGUAAAUGUAUCCGGUCAAUUCAGCGAUCGUCAAGAGAAUAACGGGGGAGAGGACGAUGACUUUUAUAAAAGAUUUUUGGCCGCGGUUCGACAUUUGUCCGAGAUAUUAGGGUGCCAUUUAGGCGAACUUUUCCAUCACAUUGUCGAGUACGACCGUCCGGCUUUUAAGCUACUCGUCACUUUGCAACCGGCCUCAGCCAGCUACCAGAUCAGAGGCAACCUCCAUUGGCAGUCGCCCUGCAAGCUCCAUUCCGUGUUUCGUCUCAGACACACACCUAGCAAUAUUUGGACUUCCGUACGCGACAUUGUACAAGAACAGUCGUGUCAAUUGGACGACGGGUUGUACCUGGCGUUAUUUUGUGUGCGCGCGUCGUCUCGAUGUGGCAUGCGAGUUUUAUUACCCAAACAUCGCGAGCAGAUGCUUCCCUGUGUUCGUUUGCGUCGAGACGCCCGUUUGACAAGUCAGGAAUGGGAUUGGUUUCAGAAACUGUCGAAAUACGGCGAAAAGGACCUGGAACAUGAGUACGACUUUCUCACCAAGGAAAUGCAGCAAAUGUACCGACAACAACAAAAAGAACUUCGCCACCAAGCGCAACCUUUUGAGCGUCUGUUGAUGCAAGGAUGCUCCGACUUGCAAGGUAUGACAGGGAUCGAUGUGCAGCUGAAGGAUAUCUUUUUUGAAGAUACGGUGUGUAUUCAACGGUCCCCGUCCGGCGUAUGUCACAGCGCUGAAAUGUCGAGCGAUAUCACGGAUGAAGAUGUCAUGGAAACAUCCCAGCUGUCGUUGCCUGUACCACCAAGCAGCCGGCAUUUUACAGACACGGACGAUGAACUGGAAGACAUGCACGUCUGUAAAGAAAAAGAGAAAAUGACCCUCGUGGAUAUGUUCUCCCGAGAGGCCCGCCGCCAUCGUCACGCGUCCUGGGAUAAACCCGUUUCGGUUCGACUGCUGGUCAUUGUCAAGCCCAUUGAAACUGAGCCAUGCGUUCUUUUACCGCGUCCGGAUUAUGACUUUUAUCCUUGUGCACUUCACAACUUGCUUCAUCAGCAAGUGUACGAUCUGCGAUCUCCAAGAGAUAAAAUCGAUGCUUCCCAAUUCAGACACAGCUACGCGCAUUCCAUAUCGGAUUUGCCCACGCUUUCACAACCAGUAGAACCCCAGCUCGACGAUCGCAAUGCUCGAAGUCUAACGGACCGCCGCGGAUCGUAUGGUCACGGAUGGGACUACAUCUACCCAGUGGACGGUAACAACAGCCAACCAUCAGACACGCAGAGUGCUGACGAUCACUCGCUUUUACUGCCAAAAAACGGCACGCCCAAUACGGAAAGUUCUCUCAUCACGCCCGCCAGCAGUCUCACGUUGUUGGAAGAGCCGAACGUAUUCAAAAGAAAACCAACGCGAAGCUUUGAAGGAAAAAAAGCUCUCAAAGCAUCAUGGGUCGGCAGAUUGGUGGAUUUCAAUCAUCGACGGCAAACACGGCUAUAUUCGUCUGUCUACUUGACGUCGGACGAACAUCAUGAUUUAUUGGAAACCGUGCAUCAGAGAUUUUCCUACCAUUUCGGUGCUUGAAAAAUUCACCAUAGAUAGUUUUUUCCUUAUUCGUUGGACGC